AUGAUGUUCCCCGAGGAAGAUGCGCCCUUGCUGAAGACAUGGAUUGUGAAUCGAAUCGAAGACACAUCUAAUGCCGACGCCGAGGUAUUGGCAGAAUAUAUCAUCGCGCUUCUGAAGCACGAUGGCGAUAAAGCGUCUGUCCGCGCGUUGUGCGAACAGGAGAUCCCUGAUUUUUUGAGCGAAGAUCCGAAGCCUUUUCUGGACGAUGUAUUCCAGGCGAUUGCGUACAAAUCCUAUCUUCCUGGGGCUGCGCCCGCUCCCAAACUCCAACCUCGCAGGUCCGACCCCCCACCGCCUGAAGUAGCUACAGUUCUAAGCGUGGGCCAUUCCGGCUCUAAGAAACGAAGCUACAAUGACCGAGACGACGCCGAUCCAUCUGGGAACCAAGAUGGAUAUCACAAUGGUGGCCGGCCUGCUAAACAGCAGCGGAAACGUGGGCGAGGUCGAGGGGAGGAUAAACGCGGGGACUUCUCAGCGAUGGGUAUGCCUCCAUUCGACCCCCAGGAUCCAGCUACUAUGGAAGCAUUCAUGGCAAUGGCCAUGCAAUACCCUGGGAUGGGGCAGUUUAUAGGAAAUGGCCCCCGAGGCCAGCCGCGGCGGAGAGGUAGAUGCCGAGACUUCGAUUCUAAGGGGUAUUGCUCCCGAGGAACGAGCUGCAUGUAUGAUCAUGGGAAUGAGUCUCUAUAUAUUCCAGUUGCUGGGUCUCAGGGCGAUGAAUAUGACCCUGAUCAGGCCAUGCUCCCAGCCAACUUAUUUCCCUUUUUAAAUCCUCUUGCUUUUAAGCCCGAGAAUAGCCGUGGCCGUGGUGGUCGCAAAGGAGGACGGGCAGGCCGCAAGGGCGGAGGCCGAACGCAUCUCUCUGCCGAAGGCCCAAGCAAUGACCGCUCAAAAACCGCAAUCGUGGUGGAAAACAUACCUGACGCGAGUUUGAACGAGACUGAAGUGCGGAAAUUCUUUUCGCAAUUUGGAAAUAUCGAUGAGAUAUCAAUGAAGCCGAACAAACAUCUUGCGAUUAUCAAGUACGAUCAGUGGGGUUCCGCAAAUGCAGCAUAUCAGUCACCAAAGGCCAUUUUUGAUAAUCGAUUUGUCAAAGUGUUUUGGCAGAAGGAUGAAAGUAGCACGGGGAAUGGGUCUCAUUCCACCAAGGACAGGUCAAAAGAUCAUGACAUGCAAUACGCAGAGGAUGUUACCUUCGAAAUUGAUCCCGAAGAAUUCCAGCAAAGGCAAGAAGAGGCACAGAAGAAGUUCCAAGAAAGGGAAACGAAGAGGGCCGAGUUGGAACGGCAACGCUUGGAACUUGAGAAGAAACAACAGGAGCUGAUGCAGAAACAGCGCGAAGAGAGGGAACGGUUACAGGCUAAGCUGUUGGAGAAGAACGGCGGAAUUCCCGAUGCCCCUUCAUCGGGGGCCGACAUGCUUCGAGCGAAGAUUGCCUCGCUGGAAGAAGAAGCCAAAAUACUUGGCUUGGAUCCCAAUGCCGCGGAAGAUGACAUCAGUAUCAGUGUGGAAUACCCUCCACGGGGAGGUUACCGGGGCAGAUCAACGUUCCGUGGACGGGCCACUCGUGCGUGGAGAGGGAGCCGCGGAAGCUUCCGGGGAGUGGAAGGCCGCCAUGCUGCGUAUGCUCAAUUCUCCCUCGACAACAGGCCCAAGCGUGUCGCGAUUACAGGCGUUGAUUUCACGGCGACUGACAAGGACGAGAGCCUUCGCCACUUCCUUUUGAGCCUCGGAGAGUUCGAGUCAGUCGAGCCCUCGGCAACCACGACAUUUGUCUCUUUCCGGGACCGCAAGACGGCCGAGAAGCUCUAUAAUAGCCUUCACGGCAGCGAGCUUCCCGGCGUCGAGGGCAAGCUCGAGCUGUCAUGGGUCAAUACCCCCCUUCCACCGGUUGCACCGCCACAGGACAAAGAUAGAGACGAUGCCAUGGCGGGCAUGGACGAGGACAAGGCGGGUGCGCAGCCGCAUAACCAGCAGCAGGCCCAGCAGCAGCAUGAGGAUCUCGAUUACGACCAGGCGGGAGAUGAUGCCGAUGCUUACUAG